AUGUCACCCUGGUGGCCGUCCCCGAAGGAGUUCCCUGACGUCCCUCACUGUGUCAAUGUCACCCUGGUGGCCGUCCCUGAGUGCCAGGUGUCCUACGGGCCGCAGGUGACCGACGACAUGCUCUGCGCGGGCGUGGCCGAGGGCGGCAAGGACUCCUGCCAGGGUGACUCAGGGGGUCCCCUGACGUGCGGGGGGUCCCUCCAGGGCAUCGUCUCGUGGGGGGAGCAGCCCUGUGGGCAGCCGGGACGCCCGGGGGUCUACGCGGGGGUCCACGCCCACCUCGACUGGAUCCGGGGGGUCAUCGGGGACCAGGAGACCCCCUGA